AAACUCGAGUGUUGCCUUUUCCACACUUUUUCUCCUUGCCGCGAACGCCGCUCGAAGCAUUGAUUGACAGGCGCAGGUGUCGGAUUGCCCGUUGUGGGCGGGACAUUAGAUGCUCAACAUGGUGGCGUCCUGCUCUGCUCAACGUGUCUGAAGGAUGUCCAAGGAGCAGGUGAGCAUUGGUGAGCUCCUGCUCUCAUUGGACAGUUCAGACCUACAGGAGGCGGAGCAAGGCCGAGCGGCAAUUAGCCACCAGCUGAGUUCAGAAAAAGGAGGCGCUGUGCUCAGCAGUCUGGUGGAUUUCUACUUGAACUCUUCUUCGUGUGCCUCGGCUUUGACGCUGCUCUCCUCCAUCCGAGAACCUCUGCACAAGGCCCUGCUGGACAAACUGAAUGAGGCGGUGUCCAGGCCGGCGAGCCGGUUGGCCGCCGUCACUCUGCUCGGUCACGUGAUCAGCGGGCAGCCGCCAUGGAUUCAUCACGUCAGCCGAUCCCCUCUGCUCACCUCGCUGCUGCGCUGCCUCAAGAGCGACGGCGACGUGAUGAUGCUGGUCCCUGGAGUGCUGGUGAUCGUGACGCUCUUACCCAUGAUCCCUCAGGCCGCCAAGCAACACAUCUAUGACUUCUUUGACGUCUUUGGACGCCUGGCAUCAUGGAGCCUCAAAAACCCCGGCCGCGCCCCCGCGUCCCACCUGGUCCACCUUCACGCCGGAGCGUACGCCUUAUUCCACCGCUUGUACGGAAUGUUCCCGUGUAACUUCCUGUCGUACUUGCGCCUGCACUACAGCAUGAAGGAAAACCUGGACACCUUCCACCGUGUGGUCAAGCCAAUGUUGGAGCACGUGCGUGUUCAUCCUGAGCUGGUGAGUGGGACUCAGGACUCGGAAGUGGAUCCUUCCAGGUGGCGUGGCUACGAGGUUCACGACAUCAUUGUGGAGUGCUCCCGAGUCUCCCUGGACCCUCUGGAGUCCUCCUGUGAUGAGCGCACGCUAGCCCCGCCCCUACCCACUCACCUUGACCAAACCUGCCUCGUCGGCGCGUGCGGCAGCGAGGACGCCGCCCGGACGCACACUUGGUCCCUCUCGGAAAGUGUGCUCCACGUGGACCGCCCGGACGUGCGUCUCGACGUCACAUGGAGCCCCUCCUCUCAAUGUGGUUUGUCGACCCCGCCUCCGGAAAAGGUGGCCGUAAGCCCCGACCACCCCCUGAAUAGAAACAACACUCUUUCAGGUGCAAAAUGUGCAUCGCCGUGCACGGGCCCAGCCACAGGCGACGACGGUUCAGACAGCGCCCGGCGUGCAGACGUUUCCCAGGGCCGAGAGCAGCCCAUCAGGAUGGAGGACGUGGGGCCAGCGCUUGACCAUGCCGUUGAAGCAGGCCCGGCCUGCCCAGCGCAGCCCCGCCCUUCUUCCUCCCUGCCUUCCCUCCCCCUCACCUCCACGCCCACCCGCCGCCAAAUCCCCCCCGUGUCCGACUUAGCCCCUCCUCCUGCCUGCCCCGAUUCGCCGGGCUCCGCCCCCUCUUACGACUUCCUGUUUGAGUUGGCGCUUCCCCGCGCUGCCCUUUUGUUUGUGAAGAACAAGGCGCAGGAGGCGCAGCGUAAGAUGGCGACCCAGCACCGUGAGAAGCGCGACAAUGACGAGGAGGAGGAUCUGACCGCUGCGUCUCCUCUGGACUUGUUGGACUGCCUCAUUGCCCACGGACACGACACGCACGCUGCUAGCGUUAGCCUUAGCCGGAGGUCUUCGGGGUCGGGGAAGCUGUUGGAUUGCAACCCUUGUGCAGGAGGCUGCGCGGAGGACGCGGAGGUGCUGCGGCGAGGCCUGCAGCUGGCGCAGGCUCAGCUGCAGUACGAGCGCUUCAAACGUCAGCAGCACGCCAUCAGGAACCGACGCCUCCUACGGCGGGUGGUCAGCGCCGCCGCACUGGAAGAGCGGACCGUCGCCACGUGCGCUCAGCUGGCGCUGCAGGACGAGGAGACGAGGGCGCUGACGAGCAGCCUGGAGGCCGAGCAGCGGCGCUGCGCGCGACUGCGGCUGGACGCCGGCAAGCACGGGCAACAGCUGGAGGCGCACGUGCAACACUUGCUCCGGCAGGAGCAGGAGCACCGCGCGCAAUGUCUGGCGCUGCAGAGCGAGCUUCAGGAGUGUCAGGUGAAGAUGAGGGAUUUGGAGACGCAGCUUCAGAAGGCCAGGCACAGGGCUUCCGAGGCCGAGCGCCACUUGAGCCGGCUGUCGCUCAAGUUGAGGAGCAGCGACGAGUUGCGCCGGCAGAGCUUCCUGCUCAACCGACAACUGAUUGUGCUCACAGAAACCAACAAAGCUCUCACGCGCCGACUGGACGCGCUGCAGCCGCCGCCACGCCACCGCCGCACUGAGGCGAGCGAGCCGGGCGGCGGAGCCCGCCGAGAGUUCGGUCGUGCCAAGGAGGCGGAGCAGGAGCACAGGCAGAAGCUGGAAGCGGCCAAUCACAGAGCGGCCGAGCUGGACAAGCAACUGGCCCACAAGGAGACGCUCGUAGAACUUCACAAGGAGCUGUUGGACGACCACAAGAGGCGCAGCAGGGGGGAGCUGUCAGCAUGCGAGGCCCAAUGCGCAACGCUACGGAAGACGGUGCAGAGUCUGCAGAGCGAGAUGCUUCACCUCUACAGCGUCGUGGAUGCUCUCAGCAGGCCCACCCUGGAAGAGCCCGAUCUCCGGACGUCCUCUUCCUCGGUCGUGAGCGGCGCGUGCCGCCUGUCCACUUCGCCCCUCCUCUUCCCCGCCGGUGCUUCAUCGCCGUCGCCCCUCUCGCCAUCCCCCAACGAGUCACCGUUGGCGAUUGGCUCCUUCCUGGAGCAGAGGGCGUGGCAGCUCUUCAGACCGGCCAAUCACAGUCCGGAGGAGGAGGCGGCGGCGCAGCCAGAGAACAAGGAUGAUGAGGAUGACCGAGACGACGGUGAAGAUGAAAAACUGAAGGAAGAUGAGGAGGUCCGGACAGGAAGUCCGGGCCGGGACGCCGACCUCCUGGCAGAAAGUCCUCCAGUGCGGGCCCGCUUGUCGGCACCGCCCUCCGGCCCAUCACCGGCCAUCGUGCCAAGACGGCGCGAGCUGAGCAUCAUGGACUACGACCACGUGACGGCACACAUGUGACGACGGCCGUUUUGAUUCUUGUCAAUGAGAAGACGAGAAAAUAAAGAGAUUAAACCUCA